UUACAUACGAUAUUAUAUUUAUGUAUCGAUGAGUAUACAUUGAUGUAUUUAUAUAUUAACAAAUAUUUUUUGGUAUUCCACAUAAAUAUUUAAUAAUCUAUAGUUGAUUAAAGAUAAACAAAAAUGGAUUUUCAAAAUCGUCCUGGAGGGAAAACUGGGGGUGGAGGAGUUGCCUCUUGGUCGGAGAGUAAUCGUGAUCGUCGAGAACGUCUUCGGCAAUUGGCGUUAGAAACAAUCGACCUUAAUAAAGAUCCAUAUUUUAUGAAAAAUCACCUGGGAUCAUACGAGUGUAAAUUGUGUCUGACACUACACAACAAUGAAGGCAGUUAUUUAGCACAUACUCAAGGUAAAAAGCAUCAAGCAAAUUUAGCUCGGCGUGCUGCUAAAGAAGCCAAAGAAGCCCCCCAAACAUUGGCUCCAGAGAAACCCCGCGUUGAGCCGAAAAAAUUCGUCAAGAUCGGACGACCCGGUUAUCGUGUGACGAAACAGCGGGAUCCAGAAACCGGACAACAAAGCUUACUGUUUCAAGUUGACUAUCCCGAAGUCGCGGACAAUGUUAUUCCUCGGCAUCGAUUCAUGUCAGCUUAUGAGCAACGAGUUGAACCACCAGAUCGCAAAUGGCAGUAUUUGUUAUUCGCAGCAGAACCUUACGAAACUGUGGCUUUUAAAGUGCCAAGUAGAGAAGUUGAAAAGGCUGAAGGUAAAUUUUGGACACAUUGGAAUAAGGACACCAAGCAAUUUUUCUUGCAAUUUGCAUUUAAAAAUGAAAAACCGGCCGUUGGAAAAAUUCCACCUCCUCCAGUGCCUUUGAUUCGACCAGGACUUGGACAACCAAUGAUGCCUGUUCCACCGCCUCCCAGGCCGCCUAUUUUCAAUCCAGUACCUCCACCACCAGCUGCGAUGCUUGGUGGCGUACAAAUUCCACCACCGCCUCCGCAUCUUGGAUAAAUUUUAUUUUACCGGCUACUGUUAUAUUAAACACAAGUAAUUUUUAAGUAAUGAUAAUGGAAAAUAAAAUUGAAAUCAGAACGAGAUUUUUUAAAGAAAAA